CUGUGCCUGCGGCUGCCUGUCUCAGGCGGUCAGUCUGCACUCGACCACCGCACGCGACACACGUCCCGUACCGCUCAACCCCGAGUGACCCCUCCGAACGAACGAUACCGCGAUUAACAAAAACUAUAACCGCUUCGCAAUAACACAUGUGAGCUUCAAUAACUUAUUUUAAUAUAGUGAACGGACUGUGAAUUUUAGAAACGAAAGAAAUUUAAAUGUCAACGAAUUAGCGGCCGCAUCUCAGAAUGUCUGACGGAGACGUGUCGUUAAUCAGGGACGAGGACGUGUUACGUCGUAUGUGGCAGCAAACUGAAGAUUUCUCUCGCAAGAAAGAAAUUCGGGCGCACAUGUACCGCUUACGUGAGGAGCGGCUGAGAAACCUCUACUCGCCCGAGCCGACAGCAGAUGGCAAAGGUUGUGAGUUCACGUCGACCCAGGGCCACGUGAAAUCGUUCGCCGACCAAAGCUUCCAGUCGAUGAAGAGCAAGGAAGUGCGAGACGCGGGCUCUCCGCCCAAGGAGUUCACAUAUCGCGGCCAAGAUCUCAAAGACCUGUCGAAUGCUGGAUGGAACGUAGAAUCUGAGAACAGGACUACCGACGAUGGUCACACGCACGUCAAAUCGGUCCGUGCUGACAUCCAAGGUCGCUACGACGUUGAUGGUGGAAAAGGGCAGUUCUCCGCGGCAGAUCAUCACAAGCAAGCGGUCACCGAGUACGAUGAUGGCAACACGAGCCUCAAGCGUAACGAAGACUACUCAAAGACAGCUGCCCAUGAGCAAGUUGUGCGCCAAACUGACGAUGGCACGCACUUCUCGUCUACGACCAGCUCCUCCACGUCUACAUCCAAGUUCGAACAGGUAUCAUCGAAGCAUGAAAAUGUGCCAUAUAUAACCGACGACAAUUAUGACCUAGCAUCUCAAAAAUAUUACGACACUAACAGAAACGAAGAAAUGACAUCUAAUAGAAUAACAAAAACGAAUAACUACGAACAAAAUUUGAGAAAUGAUUACGAACAAGGGGAACUCGUCUCCCGCAAAAUUGACUAUCCAGAUGACAAUACAAAGGUUAUUGUAGAGACAAGGUGCCUUCCUGAUGGCACUAGGGUUACUAGCACCCGUCGUGAGUUUCGCGCUCCAAGUGUUCAGACUAGCCGAUCUGAACAUUAUUCGCAACAAGUACGAAAUGAAAGCAAAUCAUCUUCUUACACUUCAUCUCAUAAAAGAUCUCACACAAAUGAAUCUACAUCAAAAAUAAUACGCGACUCAAUUGAAGAUAAUGUUCACGAUAUAGUAGAUUCUCAAAGAGUAAAGGACGAUUUUGAUUUUAGAAAGGAACACAUAAAUAAAUACAAUGAUGAUACGCAAAAAACAUAUAAAUCCAAUAAUAAUGAAAAAGACCAACGUGAAUAUACAACCAGUCAUGAGAACCAAAAUAUACGUCGUCAAGAUAUAAAAGAGACUCGUUAUUAUAAAAAUACGGAUGAUCGCAAUCCAUCACUAGAGCGUAACGUUGAUGAAAUAAACAAAAACAACGAACGUAUUAUUAAUGAAAGGAACGUCCAUCAAGUGCGAACCUCGUAUGAUGAUCAAAAUAUUCGUCAACAUAAUGUUAAAGAAACUCGUUCCUACAAUGAUAAUGAGGAGCAUAUUCUACACUUUACAAAAGAUAGGGAUGUACCUGACCGCGUAAAACCUAAUGAACCAUUGUCAAAUGAGCGACACCACUCUUCUUAUGAUGAUAAAAAUGUUCACAAUCAAGAUACAAUUAAGAAGACUAGACUCUACAAAGAUUCUGAAGAAAAAAUCCAUAAUGUUACAAAAGAAAAAGAUAUAAAAGAAAACGUAGAGAAAAAAACGACUGAUCACUAUCAGACAACGUAUCAAACAGAUUAUGUGCAAAGAAAAAUAAGUAACGAAUGGAGUCCUACACAUCAGGCGUGGGCUAGCACACUUCGUUCUGAUUCUCCUUCACGACCAACAACAAGGGCUUCUUCUCCGGGAAAUAAAACUUUCAAAUCUAGCAACUCUUCUCUUAGAAGUAGUGUGAGUCCAGACAAAAACUAUAGAAAAACUCCAAGUCGUGGCGGAAGUCCUAAUAAAAUUGAUCGUUUUUCACCAUCUCGUACUGUGUCUGAUAAAUAUUCCAGUACUCAAUCGUCGUCAUACUCCAUUCAUGAAACCAAGACUAACAAAUAUUCUAGUUUGGAUAAACAAGCUCCAAAAUCAAAUUCACCAACCAGGUACAGUCCUGAAAGAAAACCACACGAAGGAACCCGAAAGAGACCUAGUGUCAGUCCCGAAAAACAAGCUUACGCGCCAUCAUCCAGACCUCGUGAUAGUCCCCAAAGAGAAAGUCCUGCAAGAUCAUCCCCUAGCCCUGACAGAAAAUUUAAAAAUUACCCGAAAGAUAGUACUUCUCCAAUGCGUCAGACGCCAGAAACUAAUGAGUUUUAUUCAAUUCAUGAAAAUACAGACACAAAUAAAUCUUCUCAACACAAGGUGACAGAGAUAAGAAAUAAUACUACAAAAACGACUACUCGUACAGAUGAGUGCAUUGAUACAAGUACUAUCACAAAUAAGUCACCAACUAAGCCAUCUGAAAGUCCUGAAAGACAACCAGGCUAUAUGAAACAUACAGCAUCUAGUACGCCCAAAACGGAUCGUGCGCCAUCACCAACCAAACCAUAUGAUUCUAGCAGAAAAUCUCCUACUAAACAUGUAUACUCUGCGAGUCCUGAACCGAGUUACACUGAUACUAAACUUCAUAAAGUUAAGGAUGAACAUCAACAAUUUAUUAACGAAGAGCGCAAGUCAUACACUAAAUAUGAUGAAGACAUAACUACUACAAUAACAUCGCAGAGGAAGAGCCCACAAAAGGAACGGCCGACACAAGCACCUCAGCCUCAUCAAAAUUCACCAAAUCGUAUGUCACUAAGUCCGGACAGAAAUACGUCACCAUCGAGGAAAAGUCUAAACACAGAUGAGACAUCGCCACUAACAACAGACACACCUAAAAAUAUCGAUAAUCAAACAAGCGUGAUUGACAGAAAAAGCCCUGAAAAGGCACACAUUAUAGAUAAAGAGACUCCACAGAGGAAAAGCCCACAAAAGGAACAGCUGCUGCAAGAAACUCAGCCCCGUAAAGUUUCACCAACACGUAUGUCAGUAAGUCCCGAUAGAAAUCCAUCUCCCUCAAGGAGGCUUCCAAACACACGUGAGGAAUCACCUUUAACGGAAAAUCGUAAGGCAAUUGACAGAAAAAGUCCUGAAAAAGAUUCGACCACUGAUAAAGAUAUUAAAACUAAACCCAAAGAUGAAUCCACAAAAAGUUAUAGGCAGCCUUCUAGAGAAGCUUCGCCUGUAAAGAGGGAUAUGAGCCCCGAUAAACAUUAUAGGUUACCAAGUGAAAAGCCUUCAGUCCCUUCCACAAAAGAUCUCUCGCCUAAACGGAAAUCGUCAAGUCCUGUCAAAGAGGUAACGAAUAAUCUCUUGCCAUCACGAAAAUCCCCUACAAAGGAGAAUCUAAAAGGUACUGAAUCGACAACUACUGAAACAACAUCUAUAUCAACAUCUUCAAAGAUAACUGAAAAUAUUGAAGAUAUCAAAACGGGUAUAACUCGUAAAGAACAAGAUACUUGCGUAACAAACAAAAUAUUAAACGUAGAUACAAAUACUACCAAAUCUCCUUCCAGAUCUUCACCUCGCAGAAGUGUUUCUCCCACUAAACCUGUGACUAAAGAUGAAAUAAAAUAUAAACAAACCACAGAAUUUAUUACAAUGGAAAAAACUAACGAAGAAACACAUAAAAGGGCCGCUAACGAUCGCCCCAGAAAGCUAGUAACCCCAUCUACGAGUCCUACAAGAAAACCUAAACCCGAUGAGACUGCACCUUCCACUGGUCAAAGCACUCCCACAACAACAGCAAGUGGGUUUGUUUAUUUCAGCUCUCCUCAAGCAGAAACACCACAAGUUACUGAUCUCGAUGACAAGGAGCCGAUUCACACUAAUGCACCAAAUAAACAUCCGAUUGAUGAUUUGCAACAGAAAGAACCUCUUCGUAGAUCGCCAUCUCCAACGAAAAUUCCCUGCAGAUCUCCCUCUCCUGAAAAGGUUGCCACAAAGGAAAAUCUUCCUAGAAAGAGUUCGUUGAAAAAACCUUCAAUAGAUAAUACGCCAUCAGAAAAACCUCCGACAAGUUUCCUAAUUUCACCUACAGACGAUGACAGAGAUGUUAAAAAAGAAAAGCCAAAUAAGAAGGACACGCCUAUAAAGGCUAAACCACCAUUAGAAAGACGUGAAACAUAUGAAGAAAGAUGUAGAAAAAUUUUAGGAAUGACUGAUGAGGAUACCACAAUUGACACUAAAAAUGAAACUUUCUUCCAAAAAAAAUCUACAGACACUUCACCCAGUAUUUCUCCUUGUGAGAGUCCUAUACAAUUUGAUGACAAGCAUUUCAGCAAAGACUCGUAUGAAGUGGUUGAUAUAGUGGAUAUAUCUGAAGAAAAGGUUAAGUCUAGUACCCAAAAAUCAACACGUAAACCUAAUGAUACACUGCCUUCUAGUGUCGUAAAUGUUAAAGAAAUAACUGAAAAUCGCACAUUUAAAGAAAAGAACAUUGAAACAUUUUCUGACAUUUCAGACACACAAAAGCCUUCACUGGAUAAAGAUAGUACACUUAAAAGACAGCCUGAGAAUAAGUCGAAAGAUAUUUCUACUGCACCUAAAGCGGAAUUUAGAGAUAAGGACACUCGUAGUCCCUCCAAAUCACCACAACGUAAGCCUUCAAGAACCAGUCCGGAACGCAAUUCAUUAAUAGAUUCUCGAAAAUUCCCUGAAAAAAUAAAUGCUCAUUUGCCAUCCAAAACUGACCAAGAUAACAAUAAUGUCACAAUUGAAAUAAUAGACGAUCAAAAAAGUAAAGUAAUUCGCGAUGAAUCAUUAUUAAAAGAAGAUGUACAUAAAUCUACCGAGACCCGCAAAAAAACAGAGAUUAGCUCCGACUUCAUUCUUUCUGAGAGAGAACAGCAAAUACUCGACAGAGUCCAAUCAUCGCUCAGAAAAUUAUCUCCCGACCGUAAGCAAACACAACCUGGCCGAGAAAAAAGUCCCGAAAAGCCGAUUACGAAAACUGAAGCUAUUGAUGUUGUUACUAUUUCUAAAGAAACAAUUGAAGAAUGCUUAGAUUCUGGCGAUAAAAGUACAAAAACUAUUUCGGAAGAAAAAUCAACGUUAAAAAAGAGUGUAACCAAUGACAAGCCAGUAACUAAAACACAAAUUCCAAGCAAACCUUCAUCAAGAAAUGUUUCUCCGAAUAAAAAAUCACCAAACUCACCGAAUUUAUCCAAAGGUAUUCCUGAAACAGGAAAAAUAAGAAGUUCUUCUCCAAAAAAACCUAUGUCACCCAUUGAGAAAAAGCCAGGUUCACCAAUAGAGAGACCACAGUCGCCGCAAGUUCCAAAAACCAUAGGAAAGAAAGAACCGACUUCUCCUCAUAACCAGAAGACGUCAACGACAUCAACAUCGAAGAAUGAAAAAACGAACGUGACCGAUAUUAAAAAGACUACCAUUUUAAAACAACACACUACAUCGAAGAUUUCACAACCCAAAGUCAAUGUCACAAAAGUUUCUCCUAAUAGUAAACCUACAGAAAUGGAACCCAAGCGAACAUAUCCGCUAAAGGGAAGAAAUGUCGAUACGAAAGUUACACGCACAACAAGUGAUAUUGCUAUGAAGUCUCCAGUGCAGAAAAAGGUUUCUCCACAAAGAAUGAAAUCAAAACCGGAGAUCCAAGUCACUAAUGCUUCUUCGAAUAGAAUCACAAAACAGACAAAUAUUAAACAGCAAAAAUCUUCUGUGAAGGAAUCAACAACGAAACUCCCAGUAAGUAAACCUAAAUCUGCAAUUGAUUUAAACACAUCUACUGAUGACGAUGAUAUAAUUAUUGAUGUCCAGCAAGCUAAAUCGUCACGAGAAAAUUCUCCAGACCGCAUUUGUCCAACGCCUGUUGGUUUUUCUGAAGAUGUGGGAACACCACGUUUCCCAGAUGAAGUCAAUGAACCAGACGAUGAAUUUAGUAAGCGCACGCAUCAUAUUAUUCACGAAACUGAAUCAAUAGUAGAUGAUAUAGUAGAAAUAUGUGAAGAUGACGAGCUGUUUGUAAAGCGAACUGAAACCGAAUGGGAAAAUAGGAAAGAUGAUAGUUUGCUGAGUGUAAAUGAUAAAGUUUCAAAAUUCACAAAAAAAAUUGGGGCUGUUAAACCGAAAGACUCUACUACCCAUUUCAAAGAAACUGAAAUAAGAAAACAUUCUGAUUUCAAUGACGAAAACUUAAAAUCAGAUGAAUGCCUGCUAUCCGUAUCAGAAAAAGUGAAUAAAUUUGCCAAGGGGCCUGUGGGACAAAAAGAUAAGAGUCCUUCUCGUAAUAUUGUCGAAGAAUACGACAAAGAUACAAUCUAUCAAGAUGAUUAUACAAAAUUGAGUGUGAAUGACAAAGCUCAUCUUUUUAUUGAAACUGCUGAAAACAUCAAAACUACUAAGCCGAAGUCUACUGUGCAAAAACCAGAACGACCAGAUUUAAGCGACGUUGAUGAAUCACUUAAAAGUGAUGAAUGCUUGCUUAGUGUUUCGGAUAAAGUAAACAAGUUUGUAAAGACGGCUGAACAAGUAUUGUCAGAUGUAUACAUAAUUGAAGAAAAAGAUAAAAAGAUUAAGGAACAACAUGACAAAAUAAUGAAACAGAUAGUAGAAAAUGUCGAUGAUAUCAUAAAAUCAGAUGUUAAAAAACCUUCUAUGACAAAAGAAGAAGAAAUUAUAACAAAUUAUGAAGAGACAAAUAAAGACGUGCCUACAGUUGAAAACCCAGUGGCACCUAAGACAAAAAGUCCAGGCAAAGUUAUCGAAAAAUCACCAUCUGUAAAAAUAACCACUUUAAGAAGUAGCGAGGCCGUGAAAAAAGCAAAGGCGUUGUUUGAAAAUAUUGCAACGACCACUAAUAAAACAAAGGAGACCGUUCAUACGAAGACCACUAAAUUGACUGACAUUGGAGUAGCUAAAAAAAUUACAAAGUCAACACCGGAAACUACGCAACCUGGAAGGCCAAACUCGAACAUAAAACACGUUCCUCUUAAAGAUAAGCAACCAACUAUUGAACAUACUGACUAUGACAGGGAAAUAAAUGAGGAACAAGAUAUUACUCGGCCAAGGGAACGAUCUCCCGAAACUAAACACAAGGCACCAAUUCCCAGAGAUGCUUCACCUACAUCGGCGACUAAAUCAACAUUGGGACGGGAAAAAUCGCCUGUGACUAGGACAAUGUCCCCAAUAACAAGAGAGAAAUCGCCAGUGCAUAGAACAUUGACCCCAACGCCUCGAGAUAAGUCACCAGCUUCCGGAAGAAGGUCUCCUAUGACUAGAACAAAGUCACCUCUAGCAAGAGAGGAGUCUCCAAUUGGCAGGACAAAAUCAAAAUCACCUGUACCCCAGGCGCCUGCAACUUCGAAGAAGGUUCUCUCUCGUUUCCCUCCAGCUGAAUCUAAUUCGCCCAAACAGCCACAUUCAGAAGAGAAAACAGAAAAACCUUCAGACAAGGUGCCUGGAUAUCAACGCCCAACCAAAACAAGUCAACUAAAAGAAGAGAAGUCUGUAGAGGAGAUUGAGGUUAGCAGCAGACGUGGUAGUGGAAAGUUUGGAGUAGAGCUUCGUAGGACAAGUGCGGAUCGUUCGUCUGUGAGCAGUGAGCGGCGAAGGAGUAGCGAUCAUCAUCAGCCAUGUAUUGAAGAUAUCUUCGACCUGGACCUCCUGGAACAAAUGUUGGAAAAGGUCGUAGGAUAUGAGCAAAGACGCCGCAUACGCGCUCAAAUUCGUGUUGCCAAGAAAAGAAUGGAAACUGAACAUACUACAACUGUUAACAGAAUCACAAAACACACUACUACCAAAGUUGGUAAGACAAAGUCACCUGAACGUCCACCAUCACGAAGAUCUCCGGAUCGUCAGUCUAAGUCACACUUGCCUCACUCGCCCGAACGACAACCCAAAACUACUCCCAAUAAAACUAAAUCACCCGAGCGACAAACCAAGGAUACCACACAGGUAGUCUCUCAAUACGAGCUUGUAGAACACAACGAAAAUUUUAGUCAAUUAACAAACGGUCAUCCUAAAGAACCUCAUAGGACAGAAAAAGACAUGCCAGUUCGACCGCGCAGUCCUGAAAAACCUAAAUCAACACCAUCCAAGGUGACACGGCCUACCAGUCCAGAAAAAAAAUCAAGACCAAUAUCACCAAGCAAACCCGCUACUCCAAAAACGAAAUCUUCUCGCAUCAGCGAGUAUGCAUCGGCUUAUUUGAAAAAGGUGGGACUAAACGAAAACGAGAAGCCGAAACACGCUAUAGUGAAAACUAAAAAGGCACCCAUAGUAGAUGAGGCAAAAACAAAACGAGUUGAAACCAGCCGGGUAGUAGAAUCGCAUCACUCAUCCAAAACCACCACAGCACGCACUUCUUCGAAAGACGUUAUUGAGAUCGUGCAAAUUAAUGGUAAAAAAUCGCCGUCUCCUGAAAGAAUCGUGAGAGAACAGAGCCAGGACCGCUACGACGGCGUCGAUCACCCCAGAAAACAAAGUCCUGAAAGAAAGCUUCACGAAAAAGUGAAUAUUGAACGCCAACCGAGUCCACAAAGAAAAUCACCUAGUCCAAUGCGACAGAGUCCUGAACGUACCAUGCAACGAUCCCCAAGUCCUGACGCUAAAUCCAAAAUUAUCAAAAAGGAAACAAUCAUAAAAACAGUAUACGAUGUAGAGAAGAAGAUCCCACAGAAACAGGCGCAGGAAGAAAAACCGUCGUGGGUGACGAACAGGAAUCUGAAAAAGGUCACAUCAGAAACACGCACCUUCAGCAGUAAGAAGAUAGAGCCCGAGAAGCCCAAGUACAGGCCAAGCAGUCCAUCAAAGGCUAUAACGAAACCAAUAGACGUCAUAACUUCGAGCUACGGGCCUGGUCCAUUGGAUGCAGAUGGCAGACCUCUGUUUGGUAUCAAGGCGCUGAGGAAUGGAGCUAGUAACUAUCAAGUGAAAGGCACGGUCAUACGGCAAGAGUUCCACUCGAAGAACGGAGGUGAGCCAGAAGGCACGGUCUCCGUAACCGCCUAUUCUACCGAGCCCGAAGAUCUGGAGAAACUGCUGAAGUCCCAGGGGGAGAAACCCUCGCGCCUGCAUGGGUUGGCAGCAAUCACGACUACGAAGAAAUUUGGAGGUGACACUGGCACCACGUUUAGUGAGGUUUCAACUAAAGAGGAACGCGCAGCAUUAGACCAAUUCACACACAGCGACAGAAGAAUCCAAGAAAGCAGAAUUGACAGGCACUCCGACGCGUUCGAGGUCAGAGACCACGCUUACAGUCAAAAAGCGGAGAGAAUACACGGCGACGGUGAAAAAUACAUCAAAAAGACUAUCGAAGAACCAAAAAAGAAGACUGCAGAUAGUGGGAGAAGUAAGGAAAGCGACAAGCGCAGUGAGAAAACGAUGCAGAAGACUGAGAGACGAGUAGACGACAGGAAGACGGUCAGGCAGAGUUCCGUUAAGUCGCUAACAGAAAAGUUCAUUAAGAAUGCCAGUGAAACUACAAAGACGGAGCGGACUACAUACCCUAAGGCUGGUCUGAUCCUGCGCACCACCAGCAUGAAGGACAGUGUGUCUAGUGACUCAUCAGCUCAUGCCGGUCUAGCACGCACGGACAGCGAGCACAGCCUGGCCUCGCUCGAGGACGUGGUCACCACCAGGGAGCAGAUCGGUGACGUCAUCCGCACCACCACAACCACCACCACCACCAAAGGCAGGAUGCAGGAGCGCUCCUUUCUAGACAGCUCCACCAAGGUCACUGGCGUACAAGACAUAUUGACCAGGAUGAAAAAUGCCGAUAUCGUAAUAGAAGAGGGAGACACGAACGAAGACAGUGAGGCCCGCGCCCUCCUCAACAAGUUCCUCGGCGCGACUGUCCUCAUGGCGGGCAUGCAGAACUACGUCACCGAGAAACCUGGGGGCGUGGUUGUGAGACAGGAGACUGUCCACACCCAGAACAGCGGUAGCAAGCUGUCCAGCAGUCGCCAGGUGGAUGAGAUUGACAUUGAGCAGUGCUGGGACGAGCGGGUACUGCGCAAACUCUUAGACGAGUGUACUGACUACGAGGUACGGCGUCGCUUGCGCGCGCGCAUCCGUGCACUCAUGGCGGAACAAGAAGCAUGUGCGAGCGCGGUAACAGAAGCACUGGCUGCCGCCGGAGAGACUGUCGAGUCAGUCGAUACGGAAGAUCAGCAACAAUCUGGAGAACGCGGUGAGUCUCUACUACUGCCACUCCUACAGGGCCUUCUGCAAGGCGGAGGAGAGAAACUACUUGCCGGUCUCGGUACAGCGUCUCAUGACGUUGUGGCUGAUGUACGACGCUCCUUGCAGCGUCUACGUCUUGCACUCGCACCACCAGCGGACCAUCCUCAAGCUAGAGCCCUGCUCGCGCUUGCUGAUCGACUAGAAGAUGCAUUGGACGCAGCAGACAGACUCGACGGAUGCAAACGCAAAACGCGACGCAGGAGCCGCACAGCGCGGCACACUGUCGGCGUCACCAGAGAGGAACUAGAAGAAGCUAGACGCAUGGUCGAUAGAGAUACAUUGCUCCCUGAACCGGUUAAGACUCCGACAUCUUCAGCUCCGUCGAGUGCGCCAAGUAUUGAAUCAAACACCCCAGAGAGAAAACAGAGCGUCGAUGACCAGGUCAGUUACCACGAUGCUAUUGAAUCUAGAAAGAAACCGCUCCCAAUUACUCACAGUGUAAGUUACGAGCCUACACCAAAAGUGAACAGAGAUGCACAAGUAGUAGAAAGGCGCGCUCCCACGCAACGGAGACCAGAUUUCUUCAGGCAUUCAAUCGCCGAUAGCGCAGCGACGGAUCCACCUAAAAUAGCUACAGAGCGUUGGAAGACAGAAUCUAAAGGUGGUAUCGCUGCUAUAGCCAAUAAAUUUGAUGUGAAAAUUGAAAAAGAGGUGCAGGCUCCAAUUAAAAGAGCACCCAUUCACCGGCCACAGUUUAAUGUACAACAAAAGCCUGUCGAAGAGCCCAGGCGCUCUGUAUACCGUCCCUUACCACCAACUUACAACUUUGCAGCCCCUCCUAUUGAUGAUUCUAAGCCCUUGCAUAGAUCUAAUAGCAACAGCAAACGUUUGCGUAUGAAACGCGCAAAUACCAUAGAUAUCGGACGUCCUUAUGGCGGUUACCGGUACGAUGAUGAUGCGGAUGAACAAUCUAAUACCAAAGCUCCGAUAGUACCGGAGUUCAAACCGCAAACAGAAAACGACAAGAAAUUUUUAGCCUUCAUGCAGAAAAAUGAGGAAAAUGGUCGCCAUCCUGUUGGAGGUCCAGCUAAUUGGAGCAGUCGGUUUGGAAACAUAAAGAAUACCUUUGAAAAUCGUGAAAGGGAGGAAAAUACUAGGUCCUCUAGUACCAGUGCGUCGUCUGCUAAACGAUUCUGGCAGGCCGCCGAUUCAUCACAAACAUCUAUGUCACGACCGCGCAAAUUCCUUAAUGAAUCUACUCCUGAAAUCAUUAAACCUCCAUGGGUAUCGCAGCGCAGAGAAUCAUUACGAUCCUCAAUACUUCCAACAACGAAGCAAAUACAACAACAAACAAUUCAACCUCCGGUGCCAUUAUCGCCAACCAAACCUGCCAUCGUAAAGCCAUUUGUCGCAAGACCUAUACCGGUAAAUCAAUUUUCUCAUGCUCCAAUGUCGGCAUUUAAACCGCCGCAGAAAAUACUUUCCCCCACCAGUGCACCCGCGAAUAUUUGGAGUCCUCCGUCUACUAUGCCUGUCUCUCCGUCAGUCGAAAACCCUGGAAAACCCAUGUACCAAUCCGUGCCAUAUAUCCCUACUUAUCCUGAUAAUUCUAAACGGGUAGAUAAUGAAAAGCCAAAGCAACUAUCAGGAGUAACACCCAAAUAUGAAAAUAAGCUUAAUCAAUCAACGACACCGAAAACGUAUGAGUAUCGCGCACCCACGCCUCCGACUCACGCGCAAAAUUCCCACAAUUAUCCGAUACAGACAAUCCCUAGCCAGAAUAAUCUUGCUGCGCCACAAUUAGUGAAAAAGAUCGAUACAACAAAUUGUUAUCGCAAUCCAGAAGUCUAUCCUACGAAAAUUGACGCGCAACAAUUACAAAUUGAGUUUUAUGAAAAACAGAUCCGUGAGAAAAAGCGUCGAGACACAUCUAGUGAACGGCGUGAAAUACCUGUUCACAAGCCUCCAGCGCCGCCCACGCAGGCUCCCUACACAAUAGUUGAUUAUACCCCUCCCCAUUCUGCCUCUUCAUUUAUACCUUUACAGCAAACUCCAGACAUUGAGAAAGCUAAAGCACAUAAAGUAGAUUAUUUACCAGAUGUAGUAAUCAACGAAAACAAUCCUCCUAAUUAUUUAACAUCACCAACGACCCGUAUAACACCCGUUAGCCCCAUAAAAACAAAAUCCAACCCUGUGUACCAGAACGGCGAUGUGAGACUCAAUGGUGAUGAUGGGGCAGCCACAGAACAUGACAGCGUGGUAACUAAAGUAAUGCGUGGGCCAGUCCGUGGCUCCGCGACCAUCACAGCAGGUGUGCGAACGCGCGGGGCAGCAGAUAGCCUUCGCGGAGUUCUCGAUAAACUAUCAUCUCCUAAACAUGAUGUGAUCUCGCAGAUAGAAAAGAAGAAACGGGAAAAUGCCCGCAAUCAGGUACGGCUGGCCCCGCCCCCCGCUCCCGGGCUGUCCCCCUCGCACGCUAUUUCCCCGACCCGUACGCACAUAUAUGAUGACGGGAACCGUUUGAGUGGAUCUCGCAGUCCUGCUCUCGCUGCAUCCCGGGAAUCCAUAUUCUCCAGUGAAUCGCCCGCUAGCAGGGGUUCCAGUCCAGGUUCAGCCCUCACCCGCUCCGGCUCCUGGCACAGAAUAGAAGCCCCCAAAGCCGCAUCACCACGAAAAGUAGUCGCCCGAACGAAAUCUAUGCAUUUGUUGGCCGUGCCAAAACUCUUCGAAGGCGGCAUAGCGCAGGAGGAGGUGUUGGAGAAGAAAAAGACAGUAGAAGCGUAUUUUUCGGGUCAAACGUCGCCGAAUCGCUUGCAGCAGGUCCGCGCCCGGCCGGCGCGCGCGCAAGUGCAGUUUGCAUUGGGCCGCAGCAAAACGAUGCCCACCGUCUCUGAACUGCAGUUCCUAGACGAGAGCAACGCUGACGACGCGUUCGAAGACCUCGUGUCGGCGCUGGCGUAGACAUUCCACUAGCAGGAGGCGAGACGCGCAGGAAGAAGAAAUAACCACUGUGACAUCGAGCGUUAGGAGGAACUCGUCUGAGAAGACUGUUAGCAGCACCACUAUCAAAAA